CGCGUACUCCUCACUGUCAUUAAAUACAGACCACUCACACCAAUACAACACAAUCUGGUCUCUCAUUACACGAAUCGCAGUCAUUCAUCGCUGUCGGGCACCGCUUCGGUCGGCAAUAUAGCCGUUGCGGAACCGACGGCCGCCGUCUCCACCCGUUCACUACAGACACCGCCACUCAAUCAGACCGUUGACUACUCGUCGGAUAUGUUUGCCUCUAAGUCUAGUGUCAACACUCCGAAGGCCUCGAGCGAAGAGGACAUGACUCGUGAGCCGCGGCGUGUAGUGCUAUCGAAGGGCGGAACGGGUCUCGGCUUUAAUAUAGUGGGCGGCGAAGACGGCGAAGGAAUUUUCAUAUCAUUCAUUUUGGCCGGCGGUCCGGCAGACCUUUGCGCUGAGCUUAAACGUGGCGAUCAGGUUAUGUCCGUCAAUGGGGUCGACCUCAGGGGCGCGACUCACGAAUUGGCGGCCCAGGCGUUGAAAAACGCCGGACAGACCGUCACUCUUGUGGUGCAGUACAGGCCUGAAGAGUACAAUAGAUUUGAGGCAAAGAUCCAUGACUUGCGCGAA